UAAAUCUAAAGCUCAGGCGCGUAUGCUGGCUGAAAAGAAACCGGUUCUUUCAACUGCUCGGUAUUGAGCCAUCUGGCUUGUUCCUUAUUUGUCUAUAAAUGCUUGUUAAUUUCCAGCCAUACGAUUCCUUGAUCUCCCCCAACUUCCCUCUUGCCAACUUCCCUUGAAUCGAGAUUGGAGUACCUGCAUCAACGUCGCCUCGAUGGCACAUAAUUACGAGGUCGGAGGAAGGGCAUGGCAGCCUGACCCGACGGAAGGAUGGAUUGCAUCCGAAGUCACGGAGAAGGUGGUCUAUGGGGACAAAGUGCACAUUACAUUUUUGCUGGAAAAUGGGGAGUCGAAAACUAUUGAAACCACGCAAGAUGCGCUGCAAAUAGACAACAAUCCAGCCCUGCCCCCCUUGAUGAACCCUGCGAUGUUAGAGGCCAGCGAGGACCUGACCAACCUAUCUCAUUUGAACGAGCCUGCUGGUUUGCCUGCCCUAUUUAAUGGAGAAUUCAAGUCAAGAGUCUAAUAGUCUUGUAGUAUUGCAAGCUAUUAAACUACGAUAUGCUCAGAAAGAGAUAUAUACGUAUAGUGGUAUUGUUCUCAUUGCAGCUAAUCCAUUUGCUCGAGUGGAUUCGCUCUAUGUUCCGCAGAUGGUUCAGGUGUACGCCGGAAAACACAGAGCUUCGCAGGCACCACAUCUUUUUGCCAUUGCGGAAGAAGCUUUCGCGGACAUGCUACGAGAUGGGAAGAACCAAACAAUUGUUGUUUCUGGUGAAUCGGGUGCAGGGAAAACGGUUAGCGCCAAGUACAUUAUGCGUUACUUCGCUACUCGCGAGUCCUCAGAUCAGCCUGGGAAGUAUACAACAGCUAGGGCCGAUGCAAUAAGCGAGACGGAAGAGCAGAUUCUGGCGACGAAUCCCGUUAUGGAGGCGUUUGGCAAUGCAAAGACAACACGUAACGAUAACUCUUCUCGGUUCGGCAAAUAUAUCGAGAUUAUGUUCGACAGUAAAACAAAUAUUAUUGGUGCGAAGAUCAGGACUUAUCUUCUAGAGAGAUCGAGGCUGGUAUUUCAACCCCUCAGAGAACGGAAUUACCACAUUUUUUAUCAACUCGUGGCUGGCGCAACAGAAUCGGAGAGGCAGUCGCUCGUUCUCUUUCCAGUUGAGGACUUCGAUUAUCUCAAUCAAGGCGGGACUUCGACAAUUGAUGGCGUUGAAGAUAAAGUUGAAUUUGAUGCAACCAGAAAAUCCUUGUCUACUAUCGGCGUAUCGGAACAAACACAGGCGGAGAUAUUUCGCGUCCUUGCGGCCUUACUGCAUCUUGGUAAUGUUAAAAUUAUAGCGACGCGUACGGACUCAUCUUUAUCGCCAGGAGAGCCGUCUCUCAUCCGUGCGUGCGAAAUGCUUGGAAUUGAUGCUAGCGAAUUUGCAAAAUGGAUCGUCAAAAAACAGCUUAUAACGAGAGGUGAGAAAAUCACGUCAAAUUUGACACAGCAGCAAGCUAUAGUCGUGCGUGAUUCAGUUGCGAAGUUCAUUUACUCGAGCUUGUUUGAUUGGCUUGUGGAUAAGAUUAACCGCCGUCUCGCAACAGACGAAGUUGUGAACCGGGUUAAGUUCUUCAUUGGUGUUCUAGAUAUUUACGGCUUCGAGCACUUCGCGAAAAAUUCAUUCGAACAAUUUUGCAUCAAUUAUGCAAACGAAAAACUCCAGCAGGAGUUCAACCAGCACGUUUUUAAACUGGAGCAAGAAGAAUAUGUUCGGGAACAGAUAGACUGGAAGUUCAUCGAGUUCUCAGACAAUCAACCUUGCAUUGAUCUCAUUGAAGGGAGGCUUGGGAUUCUAUCUCUCCUGGACGAGGAGUCACGAUUGCCUAUGGGCUCUGACGAACAGUUUGUAACGAAGCUUCACCACAAUUUUGCUGCCGACAAGCAGAAAUUCUACAGGAAACCUCGAUUUGGUAAAUCGGCCUUCACUAUUUGUCACUAUGCGAUUGACGUCACAUAUGAAUCCGACGGCUUCAUAGAGAAAAAUAGAGACACUGUUCCGGAUGAACACAUGGCGGUUCUUCGCAACUCAUCUAACUCGUUCAUCAAAGAGGUCCUUGACACAGCUGCGGCGGUCCGUGAAAAGGACUCCGCAUCAAUUUCGUCCAAAGCAGUUGCGGCUCCAGGUCGUAGGAUUGGCGUUGCUGUUAAUCGCAAACCUACUCUUGGGGGGAUCUUCAAGUCAUCGUUGAUUGAGCUUAUGAACACGAUCAACUCGACGGAUGUACAUUAUAUACGGUGUAUCAAACCCAAUGAAGCGAAGGAGCCCUGGAAGUUCGAAGGCCCCAUGGUACUCAGUCAGCUGAGAGCUUGUGGUGUUCUCGAAACUGUUAGAAUUUCCACUGCUGGCUACCCUACUCGCUGGACUUACGAGGAGUUUGCUCUACGGUAUUACAUGCUGUGCCAUUCAUCGCAAUGGACAUCGGAAAUCAGAGAAAUGUGCCAUGCCAUCUUGCAGAAGGCACUAGGGGAGCCUAACCACCAGAAGCAAGAUAAAUACCAACUCGGUCUAACAAAAAUAUUCUUCCGCGCAGGAAUGCUCGCCUUCCUUGAAAAUCUUCGGACAUCCCGAUUGAAUGAGUGUGCAGUGAUGAUUCAGAAGAAUCUUCGUUGCAAGUAUUACCGACGCAAAUAUCUCGAAGCUAGAGAUUCUAUUCUCACCACCCAGUCCUUAAUCAGAGGUUACCUAACAAGACGGCGUGCGGAGAAAGCACAUCAGAUUAAGGCGGCUACAACCAUUCAGAGGAUAUGGCGAGGCCAGAAGGAAAAGAGACGAUACAAUCAAAUUCGAGGUAAUUUCAUCCUCUUUCAGUCAGUCGCAAAAGGCUUUCUCUGUCGGCGACGUAUCAUGGACAGUAUUCUUGGCAACGCAGCCAAAACAAUACAACGCGCAUACCGUUCAUGGAGACAGUUACGUGCUUGGCGGCAGUAUCGUCAUAAGGUGGUUGUCAUUCAGAGUCUCUGGAGAAGCAAGGAGGCCAGGAAACUGUAUAAAAAGCUUCGGGAGGAAGCAAGGGAUCUAAAGCAGAUCUCAUACAGACUGGAAAAUAAAGUGGUGGAGUUGACACAAUAUCUUGAGUCUCUGAAGCGUGAAAAUAAGUCAUUACUUUCACAACUUGAGAACUACGAGACCCAAUUGAAGUCAUGGAGAAGUCGGCAUAACGCAUUGGAGGCUCGUUCAAAGGAACUUCAGGUUGAGGCGAACCAAGCAGGUAUUAUUGCUGCUCGGCUGACCGCCAUGGAGGAAGAGAUGAGCAGGCUACAGCAAAAUCAUACUGACGCGCAAGCUACCAUCAAGCGUCUCCAAGAGGAAGAGAGGGUUUCGCGGGAAUCUAUUCUCUCCGCUAAUCGUGAGCUAGAGCAGCUCAGGAAAGUUAAUACUGAGCACGAGAAUGAUAAAGCAUCUCUUCAUCAGCAAGUCGCCGAUCUUCAAGAGCAACUGGAGCUCACGAAACGAUCGCUGACCGUGAAUGGUGUUAAUGGAGAGUUACAGAGCGGUGGUCAAAAUCAAUCUCCUGCCAAUGGCCUAAUCAAUCUGGUAUCGUCCAAGAAACCAAAGCCAAAAAGGCGCAGUGCCGGUGCCGAGAGGAUCGAGACCGAUCGGUUCAGCGGUGCCUACAAUCCAAGACCCGUAUCGAUGGCAAUUCCGAGUUCCACUUUAAGUCGCCAGAAUAUUUCUGGUUCUACAUUCUCUCCGGGCUUAGACUUUGUUGAGGCAGAACUCGAAAAUUUGCUUUCUGAGGAGGACGAGCUCAAUGAAGAGGUUACAAUGGGCCUGAUUCGCAAUUUGAAAAUUCCACUUCCAAGCGCCAGCCCACCACCAACUGAAAAGGAAGUACUCUUCCCAGCGUAUCUAAUCAAUCUUGUUACAUCUGAAAUGUGGAACAACGGCUUCGUUAAGGAAUCCGAACGCUUUUUGGCAAACGUCAUGCAAUCUAUUCAACAGGAGGUCAUGCAGCAUGACGGGGACGAUGCCGUGAAUCCUGGAGCUUUCUGGCUCUCCAAUGUACACGAAAUGCUUUCAUUUGUAUUUCUGGCAGAGGAUUGGUAUGAGGCACAGAAGACGGAUAACUAUGAGUAUGACCGUCUUUUGGAAAUCGUGAAACAUGACCUGGAGAGUUUGGAGUUCAACAUAUACCACACCUGGAUGAAAGUUCUGAAAAAGAAACUUUACAAAAUGAUUGUUCCCGCGAUCAUCGAGUCUCAGUCUCUGCCGGGUUUUGUUACGAGCGAAACCAACCGAUUUCUUGGAAAGCUUCUUCCCUCGAGCAACAGCCCUGCCUACAGCAUGGAUAAUCUUCUCAGUCUUCUGAAUAAUGUCUUCAGGGCAAUGAAGGCUUUCUAUCUUGAGGAUUCCAUAAUAAUCCAGACUGUCACCGAGCUCCUUCGGCUUGUUGGUGUCACCGCUUUUAAUGACCUUCUUAUGCGAAGAAACUUCCUCUCCUGGAAACGCGGUCUUCAGAUCAAUUAUAACAUCACUCGGAUUGAGGAAUGGUGUAAGAGUCAUGAUUUACCGGAGGGCACAUUACAGCUGGAACAUCUUAUGCAAGCCACGAAACUUCUCCAAUUGAAGAAGGCGACUCUGAACGACAUUGAAAUAAUCCAGGACAUCUGUUGGAUGCUUUCCCCUAAUCAAAUUCAGAAGCUUCUGAAUCAGUACCUAGUUGCUGAUUAUGAGCAACCUAUUAAUGGCGAAAUUAUGAAGGCUGUGGCAUCUCGAGUUACUGAGAAGAGCGAUGUUCUUCUUCUGACACCUGUUGACAUGGAGGACAGCGGUCUAUACGAGAUCCCUGAACCACGUGUCAUCACAGCGUUGGAGACGUAUACCCCAUCUUGGCUCCAGACACCGAGAUUAAAGCGGCUCGCUGAAAUUGUUUCAGCUCAGGCGAUGGCCCAGCAGGAAAAACUUGAAAUAACCGAAAACGACGCUGUUGAUGAUUGAUGUUACAUCCAUCAUGGGAACUGAGGUUAAAUGCCAAUUGGGUUUACAUUGAGCUUGAAUUGUAAAGCUUGUUGAGCCUAAUAUCUGUACUAGUUUUCUCAGAUAUAUUUAUGUGGGUAAACAGUUCGUCUUAUUGGAGUAGGGAAAAGGUGGAUUGACCCCUGCAGGUUGUUAUAGACAGACUAUUUAAAUACUGGGUUGGCAAUAUAGGGUUUUGGAUGGUAAAGAAACGAAUCAAUUAUCUAUCAGGGUUAAUUCUUUUUGUAUAUGGAGUAUAUGCAUGUUGUAAAU